CUCGGGAAGGCCCUCUACUCCUUGUUUCUCCGCGACUUGCCUUGCAUGAACCAUGGCCGCCGCAGAGAAGGAUCAGAAUCGCAAACCCAGCAGUCUCCGGUCUAUAAUCGCCGGUUCUAGUGCGGGUGCUGUGGAAAUCGCAAUCACCUAUCCAGCAGAAUUCGCGAAAACUCGGUCACAGCUCAAUCGCAGACUGCAUGAUUCCAAGAAACUACCAUGGCCCCCAUUCGGCAAGCAAUGGUAUGCCGGGUGUACUACACUAAUCAUAGGAAACUCUCUUAAGGCUGGCAUCCGGUUUGUUGCUUUCGACAAGAUUAAGUCUCUCUUGCAGGAUGAAAAUGGCAAAAUCUCCGGUCCAAGGACCGUGAUUGCCGGCUUUGGGGCUGGAUUCACCGAGUCUCUUUUGGCAGUAACCCCGUUUGAGAGCAUUAAAACCCAACUGAUCGAUGACCGGAAAUCUGCAAAUCCCCGUAUGCGCGGUUUCUUACACGGCAGCAAGGUGAUCUUUCAAGAGCGAGGCAUUCGCGGUUUCUUCCAGGGGUUUAUACCUACAACUGCUAGGCAGGCUGCGAACUCGGCAACAAGGUUUUCAAGCUAUACCAUGCUGAAACAAUUGGCGCAGGGCUACGUUGCACCGGGUGAAAAGCUAGGAACCGCGAGUACCUUCGCCAUUGGUGGUAUUGCGGGUCUUAUCACUGUCUAUGUCACCCAACCCCUUGAUACUGUGAAAACCAGAAUGCAAUCGCUCGAGGCGAGCAAGAACUACAAAAACAGCUUCGUCUGUGCGGCAAGAAUCUUCAAAGAUGAGGGGCUGUUCACACUGUGGUCCGGGGCUGUGCCUCGACUAGCGAGGCUGAUCAUGAGUGGAGGAAUUGUGUUCACGAUGUAUGAAAAGACUAUGGAGGCGUUGGACACGGUUGAUCCGGAAAGAAAAUACAUCUAAUGCUAUUGGGGAUUUGGAAACACAAAGUCAGUCAUGCGGGCUAUCCACAAUAUAAUAAGAUAUUUGCAAUACACCGUAUAUGUCAUCCCGAUACGGCAGUAAAAAAA